AUGGAGCACACACUGCGAUGCAAUGCCCUCAAAUGCCGAAGAGAGUUGACCGAUAAAGCUCUGGUCACCACAUGCAGCCAUAUAUUCUGUACGGAAUGCGCAAAUAGGCUUGGCCUCACGGAUUCGAGCGCAAGGCAUUCAUGUCCAGCAUGCAAUGUUCCUCUGACAAAUCCUGACGAUGCAGUCAUUACCAAUCUUAAACCAACAGAGGACUACAAGACAAGCGUUCUAAGUGGCCUCAGCCCAAACAUCAUCGUUGAAUGUGCUAGUCGAGCGCUCAAUUUCUGGGCAUAUCAGACAAUACAACAGAUUAUAUACCAAGAACACGUCAGCAAGGCAUUGGCAGACAAGUACACAACCUUGACCGUUGACCUUGAUAAGGUGAUUUCUGAAGCCAAUGCCCAGAUAACGACACUCAACAAUAAGGUUUCUAGAACCCAAGACAUGGAUCUUGAUCAACAAGCGCUUCGCCGCAAAAACGAGGAACUUGCUCUUGCACUCAAGGAGAAGAAUAAAAAGCUCAUGCAGACCCAAGAGCUAUAUGAUAAAUUAAAGAGAAGAGCCAUGAUGGGCCAGAUGCAGCACGCAGCUGAGGAUGCCGUCGACUCGAAUUUGCCAUCUCUCGAUGCGCGCGAUGGUGGAGGCCAGGGGUCAACUCGAGGAGGAGACGGUACGGUUCUUGGGCUACAUGAAGGAGGCAUGGGCCCAAUUUUUCCAGAGUCUCGAAAUGUUCGAAUCCACAAUAACACUCAUGACAACAUGAACCAUGCUCGAUCGUUCAAUCAUCGGAAGACUAGCCUAUACCCUUGGGGUCAGGUAGCUAGUGGCCCUGGCGGUAAGUGUCAUUUUCUCAUCAACAGUAUCACUUGCUCAUAUUAG